AUGACCUGGAUGAUCAUAUCGGGGCUCGAGCAACGACUCGGAACCAAGCAGGAAGAGGACGACGAGGAGGAUGACGCUUCGAAGAGGAUUCAUAGGUGUUUUGGUUGCUCUGUCGAUCAUUGCGCUUUGGACUCGGUACUCGCCUCAUCAGUCAGGACUUUCUAUUGCUGUGACUCCCUUGACGACACGAGUGACAAUGACUACUGGACGUACGAUUCUGACAAGAAGAUCUUGCCACCGAGGCCUUACGCGCCAGACGAGAAGUACUUUAUCCACGAGUACAGCCCUUGGCUUAGCUUCAACAACAUGAGGUACUGCUGUUACAUCUAA